CCAUCCCAUCUUUCCUUCUCUCUUUCUUCAUCGCGCGCUCUCUCUAUCUUCUCCGGCGAGGCAGAUCCACGUUCAACCACCGCCGGCGACUCUUCUUCUUUUUCUUCUUCAGAUUCAGUUCCUGUUUUCCGGCCUACGUCUCCGGUUGCCGAAUUUGUAUUGUAGUGAAAUUGCUUGCAAACUAUGGAUCAAGAAGCUGCACGAACGGCGAAGGAUUCUCUAGACCUGGCUUUCCACAUGUCAAACAUUCUCGAAACAGGUCUUGAUCGUCAUACCCUCUCGAUACUUAUUACACUAUGUGAACUCGGUUUAAGCCCCGAAGCUCUGGCUGCAAUCGUCAAGGAACUCCGAGGUGAACCAACAUCCUCCUCAGCCCCUCCAUCAUCGCAUUCCUAGAGGAAUUGAGCACUCGUGGGGAAGAUUAUGGAGACAAGAUAAUAGGAGGGGAGCUAAGGUUCUCUUCAUUUGGUUUGGUUAUAUUAAAAGCACAUUAGAUUAAAGUAGAAGAGAUUAUCUUGAUGAAAUGUUAUACUAAGUCUCUUCAGGAAUAGUCAAGGGUUAUUAAUUAAACUCUUUGUGAGUUUAAAUAAACUAUGUUGUCCUGUCUUGACAUAUAAAUUGUUUACUAUUUUUUCUUGUAUUAAUAGAAGGUGUUUGUUUACAUGUGUUAUUGUA